ACACCCUGAACAGAACUGGUAUUCCGGGGGAGGGGAGGGGACAAUCCUGGAACUGUGAGGAACGGGGCUUGAAGAGGCAGCAAAGGGCCAGAGCUAUGCUCUUGGGGCAAGAGAUAGAUAAGUCACAGCUGCUGCUCUAUGCUAACUGUCCUGGACCCUUGCAGUCCCACCGGAAGUUCUCUGCCCCUAGACAUGGACACCUGGGUUUCCUGCCCCACAAGAGGAGCCGGAGGCACCGGGGCAAGGUGAAGAGCUGGCCUCGGGAUGACCCCAGCCAGCCCGUGCACCUCACAGCCUUCCUGGGCUACAAGGCCGGCAUGACCCACACACUUCGCGAAGUGCACCGACCCGGACUCAAAAUUUCUAAGCGAGAGGAGGUAGAAGCUGUGACAAUUGUGGAGACACCACCGCUAGUGGUAGUGGGUGUGGUGGGCUACGUGGCCACUCCCAGAGGCCUGAGGAGCUUCAAGACCAUCUUUGCCGAACACCUCAGCGAUGAGUGCCGCCGGCGAUUUUACAAGGACUGGCACAGGAGUAAGAAGAAAGCCUUUACGAAAGCCUGCAAGAGGUGGCGAGACGCUGACGGCAAGAAGCAGCUGCAGAAAGACUUCGCUGCCCUGAAGAAAUACUGCAAGGUCAUUCGGGUCAUUGUCCACACCCAGAUGAGGCUGCUCCCCUUUCGGCAGAAGAAGGCCCACAUCAUGGAGAUUCAGCUGAAUGGUGGCACUGUGGCUGAGAAGGUGGCGUGGGCUCAGGCACGGUUGGAGAAGCAGGUGCCCGUACACAGUGUGUUCAGCCAGAGUGAAGUUAUUGAUGUCAUUGCUGUCACGAAGGGCCGGGGUGUUAAAGGGGUCACCAGUCGCUGGCAUACCAAGAAGCUGCCAAGGAAGACCCACAAAGGCCUGCGCAAGGUGGCCUGCAUUGGUGCCUGGCACCCUGCCCGAGUAGGCUGCUCCAUCGCCCGGGCUGGGCAGAAGGGUUACCACCACCGUACAGAGCUGAACAAGAAGAUCUACCGCAUUGGCCGGGGGCUGCACAUGGAAGAUGGGAAGAUGGUCAGAAACAACGCAUCUACCAGCUACGAUGUCACUGACAAGUCUAUCACACCUCUGGGUGGCUUCCCCCACUAUGGAGAAGUGAACAAUGACUUCAUCAUGUUAAAGGGCUGCAUUGCAGGUACCAAGAAGCGGGUGAUCACGCUGAGGAAGUCCCUCCUGGUGCACCACAGCCGCAGGGCCCUGGAGAACAUUGAGCUCAAGUUCAUUGACACCACUUCUAAGUUUGGCCAUGGAUGUUUUCAGACAGCGCAGGAGAAGAGGGCCUUCAUGGGUCCCCAAAAGAAACAUCUGGAGAAAGAGAAGCCGGAGACCUCGGGAAACAUAUAAGAUGCCUGGAAUGGAGCACACCUGGGAUGGGGUGUUCUUGCUGUCUGUCCUAUCCUUGUUCAAUAAAGUCCUGAGGCCACUCUC